UGUUAAUUAAAUAGUAUAUAAGGAGCAGGUAGUUAGGCAUCCUACGGCAUAGAACCAGACCCCUAGAAAGUUGUGAAUGUAGCAUUCUUCAGUGUUAACGCUAGAGGCUACACCAAACCCCUUUACAUGAUUUCUUCGUCGUCUACACUACUAAUAAGCUAACUCGAAAAUGAACAACUGUUAGUAAUAAUUGCAAUCCAGUUACUUCAAGGAAACGAGGCAUCAUUGACUAAGCCUCAACUUGAGUUGGAAAGAAAAUUACCUCCACAUGUUCGCGCACGAAAAGGUCUGUGGUACUAGUUACAGUUUCCGAGGAAUCACUAGGUGCUUGUUGCUAUAGAGUUUGUUAUCCAUCUCCGACCACAUAUCAAAUACCUACCAAGGUUUUCUCAAUACUAUUUAACCAUUCGAUCCCUCUCUCGAAUAAUCUCUACAAUGCCACCAAACACCAAACACCAAACCGCCAUCAAGCAGCAUAUUCCCUUUACCACAACCAGUCAUAUCAUCAAUACUACCGAACACGAGUAACUACCAGCUUUCACAGCACUCCUGUCACAAUGUUGAGGCUCAGCAUCAUCCUCACCCUCUUCUUCAUGUUUAUGAUAGCUGAUUACGUUUUGAGAUCAAUAUCGUCUAAGGAAAAUCCGACUGGUUUGGGUAUAGGGUCGUUCGCCUUUGUAGCAUGUGUCGCUUUCAUCGCAUACGUGUUCGGCCGCUGGACCGACAGCAACGAGAGGGACGGUCAGAAAAUCAUCAUUCCGACCAAAUAAUCGGUCUUGUUGAUUUCGAGGCUUCUCAGGUGAAAGCAUUAUAUUCACUCGGAGCAGAUGGGUGUAUUUCAGUGCGGAUAUGAUUUACCAGAGCCGCUUUUCCCUUUGCCGGCGGCUUAAGGUGUAUCAUUACUCAAGCGGCCGAGUUGUGCUCCUGGACGAAGCUGUGGAUAGGGGUCCAUUGCAGUCAACAACAAAAACCCUUGGCCUAAGUCGUAACACAUCUCUACCUAAUAGAUCUCAUGCUUUUAUCACAAGUAAUCAUCUAUGAUGAUAGGACUGAUAAAAAUCAGCUUAUUGGCGAUGAAAC